AUGUGCAGCAAAGCCUUCUACGUCCACAACUGCGGCCACAGAAGUUGGGGGCCCCUCCAGCGAUGCGGGAAUAGAUACGUCUGCCCCCCUGAAAACACCCUCUACUAUCCCAUCCGUGUCAACAACCCGUGCAGGUUUUGUCGGCCGCGCCGUUGCAAUUCUGCUACGUCUGCUGCUUCUACUUCUGCUUCUACUUCUGCUUCUGCGGCUGCUGCUGCUCCACCUACCGGUUUCCCUGGACGAGUUGACAUGGGCGGUGUCGAUGCUGGUGAUGGCGGUUUGAGACCUAGAGGCAGUCUUUGGGAUUGCAUGGGGGACUCGUCUGGGAGACUAUAUAGUAGUGACUAUGCGUAA